UAUGUCUGAAGCCUCCUCAAGAAGGUCUAGAUUCGUUCGUCGUGACAGCCGGUACCAUCACCGGAACGGACAUGCCCACAACCACCACGAGCCACCACCUCCGCCCCAGCAACAUGAAUUGCCCCCUCCAGGCAGCAAUCCUCAGCCGAGGGUCACCAAGUCGUCAGUGAACACAGUUUCGUACGCCCAGCAGCAACUCGGAGCAUGCGUGACAGAGGGGAUGAAGAAGGCGUACGAAGAGUGCAAGGUGACAAUUGAGAGGAUCGCAGCACAAUGUCGAGCGAAGAAUAGACGAUUCCGAGAUGUCGACUUUGACCUCGAGAAUGAUUCUAACAGAUGCCUGCAUAACCUGGUCGAGAACAACACGUUCGUCCUGACGUCGGACAUUCGCCGCGUGCCCGAAAUAUUCGAGAAACCAGUGUUCUAUAGCGGGACGAAGCAGUCGGCUGAGAUUGUCCAAGGAGCGGUGGAAGAUUGUUAUCUGGUGUCAGCACUUUCGUCUAUCACCUCCGUAGACAAGUUGAUCAAGAACCUUUGCGUUGCGCAUGACGAAGAUGUAGGCAUUUAUGGCUUCGUGUUUUAUCGAGAUUGCUAUUGGGUUCCUGUCAUAGUCGAUGGCAUGCUCUUUACGAGGGUGCCGAAGUACGAGCAGCUUACGGCGGUAGAAAAAGAACUGUACCACUUCGAGAAGGAGAAAUACAACUCCACGGCACGGAAAGGCGCCGAGGCCCUGUAUUUUGCUCGGCCGACCACAAACGGAGAGACGUGGAUCCCGCUCGUGGAAAAAGCGUAUGCCAAACUGCAUGGCGAUUACGCUUCGAUAAUGUACGGGCGGACCUGCGAUGCGAUUGAGGAUAUGACCGGAGGCGUGUCUAAUCUCAUCUUGAGCAAGGAUAUCCUCGAUAAAGACAAAUUUUGGCACGAAGAACUCGUCAAGGCCAACCAGGACCGCCUCUUCGGCUGCUGGUUCAAAACACUCAACGGCAACCGCAGCGGGAUUAAGAACGCUUCCGUCGAUGGCCUCGUCGGAAAUCUUUCGCAUUCGGUAGUCAAAGCUGUCGAAAUCAAGGGCAAGCGGUUCGUUGUCCUACGUGACCCCUGGGGCGAGGCGGGCUGGGAGGGUCCAUGGUCGGAUGGUUCGAAAGAGUGGACGAAGGAGUGGCUUGAUGUGCUGCCUGAGCUAGGGCACUCAUUUGGUGGCAAGGGGCAAUUCGUCAUGGAAGAUUCUGACUUCUUGAACAUCUGGCAAGAGAUUCAGCGAACACUGAUUUUCGACGAUUCGUGGCUCAUGUCAUCGCAAUGGCUGCUUGUCUCCCAGCCGUAUCCAUACAUGAACGCCUUGUCGUACGGCGAUGUCAGUGAUACCUUUUCCUUAUCCAAGCCGUCUCCAGCGAUCAUCGUCUUUUCCAAAUACAACAUGCGGUAUUUCAAAGAUAUUCAAGGGCCAUGUAUAUGGAACUUGUCGUUUAUUCUUGCGAAAGAAGGCGAGACGGAGCCGUUGGCCGAAUCCUCCUAUUCGUUCUUCUAUACGAGGAGCGUCAGCGUCGAGCUCGACCUGGCAGCGGGAAAUUACGUCGUCUUGGGGAGACUGGAUCCUGUCCCAGUUCGUGAUAAGGACUACUUCCGCAACGGCUUGACCAGUGGGUGGGAUAGACGGAAACUUGCCCGUAUCAUCACAGAACGUGCAAAGGGGCAAUCUAUAGCCUCCGACUAUAAACCUAGCUCUCAACUCUUGAGUACACCUGUAUCGAAAACCCUGGCUAGCGAAUAUGCCAAAGCCGACAAGACGACCGUCGAUGCUAUCAAGACGCACAGCGGGGGUGUCAAGCCAGGCGAAAGUGUCACUGUGUCCACGACCACAACGACCACGACCGUUAUCACCAAAAACGGUGGGGCAAACCAAGAGGAGAGGCAUGCGCGUCCCUAUUCAUACAACCCUAACAACAUCAGCGCUGCCACUAUGCCAUCAGCUGCCAACGGGUAUGGUCCGCACGUAAACGGCCAGCAGCAGCUCGAGGCUGGAUGGGUGGGUAUCGCACCUGCUACGCCACCAGCAGUAUCCCCCGCGGCCUCGCCUCCAAUCGUACCAUACGGAGGGCCUCUGCCGCCUCCGCCCCCGCUGGACUUGAGGCCGGCAAGCCCGACACCCCGGCCACCGGCUCCUCCAUUAUCUUCUGAUGUUCUGGAGGAGGAUAACUCAAUCGUGGUCGGGCUCAAGGUGUAUACUAAGAAGAUUGCUCCGACCGUCAUUUCUGGAAGGUUGAGAAAUUCGCCUGGAAGUUCUUG